AUGUCGCCCGAAGUUUCGUUUUCCAAGAAUGCCGAGGCAUCCGUCAAUGCCAAAGGCGACUCCUUGACUGAAGUAUCGGUACAUGGGCCGAAACCAAAUAUCGUUGACCCGUCCAGCAGGCGCAGCAUCCUCAAAUGGUAUCAUCCUGAAGAUGGGCCGGAGGAGAGGAGGCUCAUCCUCAAGCUCGACUUGUCUAUUUUGACUUUUGCCUGCAUUGGGUUCUGGUGCCUGUAUAUUGAUCGGGGGAUGUUCACAAACGCAUACAUCAGUGGAGCGAAGGAGGACCUGAAGUUCUUCGGCAACCAAUUCGUGCAAAUGAAUUCGAUUUUUCUGGUGGGAUAUGCGAUCUCAAUCAUCCCAUUGACAAUACUCAACACCCGCCUCCCGCCACAGCAUGUCAUCCCCAUCUGUAUGCUACUCUGGGGCGCGUUUACCUGUUUAUGCGGGCGGGCAGAGUCCUUUGGUGAGCUUGCAGCAUACCGAUUUUUCGUCGGAUUAGCAGAAGGUGAAUUCAGCACCAUGCACUGGCAACUGCAUAGCCAAGGACAGUACCGCCCGGACGAGAUUGCUCGAAGAGCAGGCCUCUUCUACCUCGCAGCCGCCAUUGGUACCUUCUCCACAGGGUUUCUGGCUGCAAGGAUAUUUGCAAACCUCGAUGGUGCCCUCGGUCGGGCAGGCUGGCGUUGGAUGUUCCUGAUUGCUGGAAUUGUGACCUUGCCAGUGGCCAUCUUCGGAUACAUAACCUUUCCAGGAACUCCAGACAACCCCAAGAAGUGGCUCUUCACGGAUACAGAGCUCGCGCUUAGCAAGGCGAGAAUGAUUGCAGUUGGAAGGCGGUCCAGGCAAUCGUUGUCGCUCAAUCGUGCCUCGCUGAAACACUUCCUUGGCCGUUGGCAUUUUUGGGUCCUCGUUACUUGGAGUGUCAUUUUCCAGCAAGGGUACCUAACUUGGAGUCAAGGCGCAUACACUCUUUGGAUCAAGAGUCAAAAACGAUACACCACAGUCGAGGUGAACAACUUGACUACAGUUGCUCCGUGCACGGCCAUUCUCUUCGUAGUCACGUUCGCGUGGCUUAGCGAUCGCUACGGCCACAGAGCGACGCUUCCGAUCUUCGGGUUUGCACACCUUAUUGAGUUUCUUGGUCAACUGGCCUUUGUAGCCUAUGAUCAUACAUCUGUUGGAUACAAAUGGUUUGGCGUGGCUGUAUCGCAGGUCACAAACGCAACAGUGCCCAUCAUGUAUUCCUGGGCAAACUUGAUUUGCGCGAGUGAUGCCGAAGAACGUGCCUUUGUCCUGAGCUCUAUGCUUGCAUUUGCGAUGGCCUUCAACAGUUGGGUCCCAAUUGUGCUGUUGCCCACCGUUGAGGCGCCGCGCUUCUUCAAAGGCUAUGUUGAGGGACUCAUUGCGCAGCCAGUGGCGUUUGCAUUGGCUGUCCUGGUGUAUUAUCUUGACAGGGAGCGCCGCCGAGCACGGCCGGGCCGGGCAGACAACGCGUGA